UUUGUCUGAUCGAUGCAUCGGUACAAUUUUACCAGGCUAAUUUGAAUUUCGUAAACAUUCGAAUUACAGCAUUGUGUUUAAAAUUUACAUUGAAAUUUAUUCGUGUAUAUCGCUGAAAUAUUUAUAGUAAAAUUUCGGAUUUGAUUGGUAUAUUCAAAAGAUGUUUGCUCCCUGGCUUAGAAGGUUAGCGCCACUCACAUUGAGGACUGGUUCUGCAUUGUUUCCGAUGCAGAACGCCCAUUUUUCCCAACGUGUUCCCAUUGCUUUGCGUAGCAAGAAAGCUAAAUCGGACAAUCCUUCGACGCAAUAUUUUGUCGACUGUAAACACGUGCGAACGGUGGGCGGAAAGGGCGGAGAUGGCUGUAUCUCGUUUCUUCGAUUGUGGUGCAACGAAAAUGCCGGUCCCGAUGGAGGAGAUGGUGGUCAUGGGGGACAUGUUGUGUUCCAGGCUACUUCCGACAUUAAAGAUCUGAACCACGUAACGACACUGCUGAGCGCUGAUGCGGGAGACAAAGGUCGCAACAAGGAUUGUCACGGUAAAAAUGCCAGUCACACGGUAGUUAAAGUCCCACUGGGAACAAUUAUCAAAAGCGAUUCGGGGAAAGUCGUUGGCGAUUUGCACAGCGAAGGAAUGAUGUUCGUAGCUGCUAGGGGUGGAUCUGGUGGAAAGGGUAAUCAUUUCUUCAUCAGUGAUCUGGAGCAAGCUCCGCAGGUUGCAGAAUUCGGAGCUCAGGGAGAAGACAAAUCCUACAUUCUGGAGCUCAGAAGCAUGGCUCACAUUGGAUUCAUUGGCUUACCGAAUGCCGGCAAAAGUACGUUACUGAGAGCGAUUUCCAGGGCACGACCCAAAGUUGCCUCGUAUCCGUUUACCACCCUCAAACCUCAUCUGGGUAUGGUUCAGUACGACGACUAUGAACAGAUAGCAGUGGCCGAUCUUCCUGGGUUGAUUCCGGAUUCCCACAAGAACAAAGGUCUCGGAAUACAAUUCCUGAAGCAUGCUGAACGAUGCAAUAUUCUCCUUUUUGUGGUUGACGUUUCCUCGGACGAACCGUGGCUUCAUUACCAAACGUUGAUGCAUGAGUUGUCUAUGUUCAGUGAAGAGCUGGCCGAAAGACCAAAAAUGAUUAUAGCGAACAAAAUCGACCUCCCGGAAGCGGAGAAAAAUCUUCAGCUCCUAGAGCAUCACGUAGACGUGCCGGUCAUACCAAUUAGUGCCAAAAUGGGUACCAAUGUGGCCGAACUGCUCAAGGAAAUUCGAUCCGUUUACGACGGAGUCCGGCAAAAAGAGAAAGAACUCGGUGAGCCGCGGAGGUCUGAUGCGAACGAAGGACUGCCUUGAUUUGUGACGCUGAAUUGGUUUGUAUGCAGUAGGACAAACUGUGAUUUUAGACAGGUAAGCGAAAGAAAUAUAAGUAGUAAAAUCA